AUGUCGAAUCGUAGGAAAAUUUUCAGCAUCAGCAAAAACAAGUGCUACGACAUGGUGAUUCCUGGGAUAACUGAGAAAAGAUGUUGGGGGUCGUCUUAUGGGUGGAUUGUGACGCAAGACUUCAACAUGAAUUUUAAGUUGUUUAAUCCUAUUACUAAAGCUGAAUUAAGCCUCCCUUCGUUGUAUGAUUUGCCACCUUACUCAAAUACUUACACAUUCGAUGAAGUCUUAUCAGACGGAUCAUCAUCAGAUGAUAUGAUGGAGGGAUAUCCCUGGGCUAUGAAAGUUUUGGUGCAAAAAUUCAUUGUUUUAAAGAUUCCUGGAAGCAACAACAUUGAUGAGCUAGUUGUGUUUGUAAUCCAUUACCCAAUUGAUAGUAUAUCUUUUGCUCGUCCUGGAGACAAAGCAUGGACCGAAGUAAUCGAACCAUGGCCACGAAAUCCACACCGCCCUUUUAUUCAUCAUGCCAUGGUUUGGGAUGGAAAAGUCUUGUGUAGUCAUAUUGAUGACACUGGUAAUAAUGCAGGGAUUGCAUAUUUGGAUACAGCUAGUAUUGCAUUUGCGGCUAGUUCUUCUAAUCAUGUUAUGGCUAAAAAUCAUAGUAUCAUUCCCUACAAUUUGUAUGGAAACACACUAGAAACAUCAAUGCAUGCAAUAGCGACUGAAGGAGAGAUGUAUAUGGUGGAGUUAGCUGGUGAUUUACUUAUAGUGUUACGCCAAAGAGAGUCUGGUAUUUCAGAUCAAGAUGGUCAAGCUGAGUAUACAUACCUCUGGGAGAAUAAACAUUGCUACCGUACCAUUAAUUUCAAGGUCUAUAAGCUUGUUCGUAACACAAAAUCUUUGUUGUGGGAAAAUGUUGAUGAUUUGGGCAAUUAUAUGUUAUUUGUUGGUGACAAUUAUGCUACUGCUGUUCAUACAUCAGAGGCUCCAAAUUGCCAAAAGAACGCUAUAUACUAUAUUGAUGAUGAACAAAGAGUAUAUUGGGGUGCAUCAUGCGGAACAGAUGUCCGUGGACAUGAUAUGGGUAUGUUUGAUAUGGCAUCCGGAUAUAUUACAUCAUUCUACGAUGGUGGUGAUACAAUUUCCAAAUACUUUGCUCCCAUAUGGUUUAUGCCCAACUUUUAG